AAACACCCUAUAAAACCCAACAUACGGUGGAAUCUGUCGUUUGCACAUUCAUUGAUUUCCUCUCUGCCUCUCCAGCUCCAACACUUUCACACACGCACUGAAAAAAUGCCUUUCAAGAGGUACGUUGAGAUCGGAAGAGUGGCUCUCGUUAACUACGGCAAAGACUACGGCAAGUUGGUUGUCAUCGUCGAUGUAGUUGACCAGAACAGAGCUCUUGUUGAUGCCCCAGAUAUGGUCAGAGGCCAAAUGAACUUCAAGAGACUUACAUUGACGGAUAUCAUCAUUGACAUCCCCCGAGUUCCUAAGAAGAAGACUUUGAUUGAAGCUAUGGAGAAGGCUGAUGUUAAGAACAAGUGGGAGAAUAGCUCAUGGGGUAGAAAGCUGAUUGUCCAGAAGAGAAGGGCAUCACUCAACGACUUUGAUAGGUUUAAGCUUAUGUUAGCUAAGAUCAAGAAGGCUGGAGUUGUCAGGCAAGAGCUUGCUAAGCUUAAAAAGGAGAAUGCAUCUUGAAGUGAAGCUAGGUUAUUGGAUUUUUGCUAGUUUUAUCAUCCAUCUCCCGCGAGUUCUUUUGGGAUUGGUUUUCGUUUUUAUAUUAAAAAGUUGAUUUUAAGUUGAGGACACCUUGUUUGCCAUAUGACAGGUUAUGUAGCGAGUUUAUUGCUUUAUAUCUUCCUUGUCUAAUUUGAUUGCAUGCUG